UUUUGUUUUAAAAACAGAAGAAAGUUUUUUAUUUAUGAGAAGUUUCUCAUUAUUCUUGAUUCCUCAGAAAAACAUUUUUCUUCAUUCCCAUCAAUCAGAAAAGAGCAGAUGAGUUUUAUCUCCACAGAAGUGAAUUCAGAGUUUGAUUUAUUUUCACACUUGGACUCCAGCUCGAUGCUGUUUCCUGCCGCCAUGUUGUUGUUGUGAUUUUUCGGUGCCGUGGAUUUGAAGCGGAGUGAGACCUCUCUCUGCCGGUCCUCUCACAGCCUCUCUGUGGGGAACGGAAGACAUUUUGAGGCGCUGCGGUCUCGGUGGUCCGGUCCUUUCUUUGAGGGUCAGCCUGAAGUCCGGGCUGGGGGGUUCGGUCUCUACAUCGAGACAAAUACAAGAAGAACAUAGAGUCCAGAUCAGAACAGAACCAGCAGGACCAGAACCAGCAGAGUCCUAGAUGCUCGUUAGUUAGCGUCUCCUAGCGGGCCUCCUCCUCUCCUCCUCUCCUCCUCCUCCUCCUCGACAGCCGGUCCGGUUCCUCCUUCCUCCGACACCAUGGCUUUAAAACGGAUCAGUAAGGUACCAGAACCUCUCCUAUCAUCUACUGGAGCUCAAGUACCGGGUCAGAACCGGGCUCUGUGUCCGUUAGCAGCUUUAGCUUCUUCUGCUAUGAAUGACAUAACGGUCCGUUACAGACCGUCCGGAACCCGAACUGGGUUAGUCUACCGUGUGUGUGUGUGUGUGUGUGUGUGUGUGUGUGUGUGUGUGUGUGUGUGUGUUCUCCUUCUGCCGGUUCGGUUCGCUCAGUAAAACAAAGGCUCAGUUUACAGACCUGAGGUUAGCUUAGCAACACACACACACACACACACACACACACACACACACACACACACACACACACACACAUACACACACAACAAACAGACACACACACACAUACAUACUGUGACACACUAAACAGACACACACACAACAAACAGACACACACACACAUACUGUGACACACAAAUAGACACACUCACACACACUGACACACUAACACACGCACACACACACGCACACAGGCCUGUCGCUGAAACACUGAGAGGCUAAUUUAGACUGUUAGACAUUUAAACACCUGAUACCUGCAGGUUUAUACACACACACACACGCACACACACACACACACACACACACACACACACGCACACACUAACUGUCCUCUUUCAGGUUCUACUCAGUCUCAGUCAGAACCUCAGAGUCUCAGGGUCCAAAAAGUAUUUGGUUCUGUUCAGAGCUGUCAAUCCUCACUUCAAAGUGAGUUAGUUCUUAUUCUCAUACAGAGUAAUUUUUUAUUCUCAGACAGAGUUAGUUUUUAUUCUUAUAGAGUUAGUUUUUAUUCUUAUAGAGUUAGUUUUUUAUUCUCAUACAGAGUAAUUUUUUAUUCUCAUAGUUAUUUUUUAAUUCUCAUAGUUUUUUAUUCUCAUAGUUAUUUUUUAUUCUCAUACAGUUUUUAUUUUCAUACAGUUAGUUUUUUAUUCUUAUAGAGUUAGUUUUUUAUUCUCAUACAGUUAGUUUUUUAUUCUCAUACAGAGUAAUUUUUUAUUCUCAUAGUUAUUUUUUAAUUCUCAUAGUUUUUUAUUCUCAUAGUUAUUUUUUAUUCUCAUACAGUUUUUAUUUUCAUACAGUUAGUUUUUUAUUCUUAUAGAGUUAGUUUUUAUUCUCAUACAGUUAGUUUUUAUUCUUAUAGAGUUAGUUUUUUAUUCUCAUACAGUUAGUUUUUAUUCUCAUACAGUUAGUUUUUUAUUCUUAUAGAGUUAGUUUUUAUUCUCAUACAGAGUAAUUUUUUAUUCUCAUAGUUAUUUUUUAAUUCUCAUAGUUAUUUUUUAUUCUCAUACAGUUAGUUUUUUUUCUUAUAGAGUUAGUUUUUUAUUCUCAUACAGUUAGUUUUUAUUCUCAUACAGUUAGUUUUUUAUUCUUAUAGAGUUAGUUUUUAUUCUCAUACGGAGUAAUUUUUUAUUCUCAUAGUUAUUUUUUAAUUCUCAUAGUUUUUUAUUCUCAUAGUUAUUUUUUAUUCUCAUACAGUUAGUUUUUAUUCUCAUACAGAGUUAGUUUUCUAUUCUCAUAUAGUUAGUUUUUAUUCUCAUACAGUUAGUUUUUUAUUCUCAUACAGUUAGUUUUUAUUCUCAUACAGAGUUAGUUUUUAUUCUCAUACAGAGUUAGUUUUUCAUUCUCAUAAAGUUAGUUUUUAUUCUUAUAGAGUUAGUUUUUAUUCUCAUGUAAAGUUAGUUUUUUAUUCUCAUACAGAGUUUUUUAUUCUCAUACAGAGUUAUUUUUUAUUCUCAUACAGAGUUAUUUUUUAUUCUCAUACAGUUAUUUUUUAUUCUCAUACAGUUAGUUUUUAUUCUCAUACAGUUAGUUUUUAUUUUUAUAGAUUUGGUUUUUAUUCUCAUACACAGUUAGUUUUUAUUCUCAUUCAGAGUUUAUUCCAUUAGUUAAAGUCUCACUCUUCUCUAUGUUCAGUUUCAGCAGAACGUUUGUUCUGUAAUUCUGAGAUUAUUCUCAUUAUUCUCAGAUGUUCAGGGUUUCUUGGUUAAUGUAACUGAACUUUUUAGGAGUUCCACUUUGUCAGCGUUCUUUGAUUGAUAUGGUUCCUGUUCAUGUGAAACUGUAGACCCUGAGAACACGUUACAACAUGGUAAUGUGAGAACUCCUCUUUUAGACCUGAGUCCUUCUCAGUGUUGACUGACCUACAGACAUUUUCCUCACAUUUAUAAAUUCUCCAACAGUCCUGAGAAAUAAAAGACUUACAAGAUUCUCAUAACCUUCAGAGACGGAGACAUGACCACCAUGUGACCUAUGACCCCAAAACAUAUAGAAACAUAACCAAUGUGGUAUUUAAGAGGCUGCAGCGGUGUGUGUGUGUGUGUGUAAACGUUGAAAAUGUAAGACCUGAAGUGUCUGUAUCACAGACUCUUGUACAUGAGUGUCUGUAUCACAGACUCUUGUAUGUGAGUGUCUGUAUCACAGACUCUCGUAUGUGAGUGUCUGUAUCACAGACUCUUGUACGUGAGUGUCUGUAUCACAGAGUCUCUCAUACGUGAGUGUCUGUAUCACAGACUCUUGUAUGUGAGUGUCUGUAUCACAGACUCUUGUACGUGAGUGUCUGUAUCACAGAGUCUCUCAUACGUUAGUGUCUGUAUCACAGACUCUCGUAUGUGAGUGUCUGUAUCACAGAAUCUCGUACGUGAGUGUCUGUAUCACAGACUCUUGUACGUGAGUGUCUGUAUCACAGACUCUUGUACGUGUCUGUAUCACAGAGUCUCUUGUAUGAGUGUCUGUAUCACAGACUCUCGUAUGUGAGUGUCUGUAUCACAGACUCUCGUAUGUGAGUGUCUGUAUCACAGAAUCUCGUACGUGAGUGUCUGUAUCACAGAGUCUCUUGUAUGAGUGUCUGUAUCACAGACUCUUGUACGUGAGUGUCUGUAUCACAGACUCUUGUACGUGAGUGUCUGUAUCACAGAGUCUCUUGUAUGUGAGUGUCUGUAUCACAGAGUCUCUUGUAUGUGAGUGUCUGUAUCACAGACUCUUGUAUGUGAGUGUCUGUAUCACAGACUCUUGUACGUGAGUGUCUGUAUCACAGACUCUUGUACGUGAGUGUCUGUAUCACAGAGUCUCUUGUAUGUGAGUGUCUGUAUCACAGAGUCUCUUGUAUGUGAGUGUCUGUAUCACAGACUCUCGUAUGUGAGUGUCUGUUUCACUGUUUUUGACUCAAAUCUCUUAAACGACUUCAGACCUGAACAUUUACGCUGACUGCGCUGACUGAGAUGUGAUAUCUUCUCCCCUGGUGAUCUGAAGGACCUGUUCAUCCUCAUGCAUGUCCAUCCACCUGCUCUGAAGUGAGGACAAAGCUGAAAUUGUCCAAAUGUCCCCCUCUCUUUGUUCCACACUGCAGAACUCGUCCAGUUAUAAAAUAGACACAGAUUCGCACCCGUGCGCACAUGCAGGAGCACACAGACUUUUCCUUACACACACACAUAUCCCACUCUUAGACAUCUAUAUCUCGACGCAUAGUUUGAUUUAAUUUUGAUAAUGUUCAGACGGUGAAAUAAAGCUUCUCUCAGUCCAUAAAUAAAACACUGCGUACGCGGCACUGAAGAAGUUAAACUUGUGCGUUGGAACAGUCUGUGGUAUGAGUGUGUAAAAGUCCAAUUUAGAGUUCUGCUGAUGGAGUGAGUGUGUAGAAAAGGUUCCUGUUUGUUGUUUGGUGCUGUUGCUCAAAAUAAGGAUGACUGUCCUCAAAUCUGAAGGUUACGAUAACGGUCAAUCGUAGAUAUUUGUGCUUUUAUUCCCUCCUCCUCUAAUCCCGGUGGCGGUCAUGUGACCAAUCUACAGCAAGUAAAGAAGGUUAAAAUGCAGUGAAGGGCGGCGAAGUGAACCUGAUGUGCUGCUGUCGUCUGUUUUCAUGAUCCCCAGACAGACGCUCUUUAACAGCUAAAUCAAUGAGAUGAACACAUGAGUGACAAACACCUGUAGACCUGUAGACCUGUACACCUGUAGACCUGGGUACCUGUACACCUGUAGACCUGAAGACCUGUACACCUGUACAUCUGUAGACCUGUAGACCUGUAGACCUGGGUACCUGUACAUCUGUAGACCUGUAGACCUGCACACCUGCACACCUGUAGACCUGUAGACCUGCACACCUGUAGACCUGUCGACCUGUACACCUGUACACGUGUACACCUGUACAUCUCUAGACCUGUAGCCCUGUACACCUGUACAUGUGUACACCUGUAGACCUGUAGACCUGCACACCUGCACACCUGUAGACCUGUAGACCUGCACACCUGUAGACCUGUAGACCUGUACAUGUGUAGACCUGCACACCUGUAGACCUGUACACCUGUACACGUGUACACCUGUAGACCUGUAGACCUGCACACCUGUAGACCUGUAGGCCUGGGUACCUGUACACCUGUACACCUGCACACCUGUAGACCUGUAGACUUGUAAACCUGCACACCUGUAGACCUGUAGACCUGCACACCUGUAGACCUGUAGACCUGCACACCUGUAGACCUGUAGACUUGUAGACCUGUACACCUGUAGACCUGCACACCUGUAGACCUGUAGACCUGGGUACCUGUACACCUGCACACCUGUAGACCUGCACACCUGUAGACCUGUACACCUACACACCUGUACACGUGUACACCUGUAGACCUGUAGACCUGGGUACCUGCACACCUGUAGACCUGUAGACCUGUAGACUUGUAAACCUGCACACCUGUAGACCUGUAGACCUGCACACCUGUAGACCUGUACACCUGCACACCUGUAGACCUGGGUACCUGUACACCUGCACACCUGUAGACUUGUAAACCUGCACACCUGUAGACCUGUAGACCUGCACACCUGUAGACCUGGGUACCUGUACACCUGCACACCUGUAGACCUGCACACCUGUAGACCUGGGUACCUGUACACCUGUAGACCUGUACACGUGUACACCUGUAGACCUGUACAUGUGUAGACCUGCACACCUGUAGACCUGUAGACCUGCACACCUGUAGACCUGUAGACCUGUACACCUGCACACCUGUAGACCUGUAGACCUGCACACCUGUAGACCUGUACACCUGUACAUCUCUAGACCUGUACACCUGUAGACCUGUGGACCUGCACACCUGUAGACCUGUAGACCUGCACACCUGUAGACCUGUACACCUCUAGAACUGUACACCUCUAGACCUGUACACCUGUAGACCUGCACACCUGUAGACCUGUAGACCUGUACACGUGUAGACCUGCACACCUGCACACCUGUACACCUGUAGACCUGAUCCCAGAGCGGACCGACGCCCCAAAAGAGAAGGAUCACAGAGUUUACUGUAGACCCAGUCCUUCUGUGACGGUUCUGAUCCAGUACAGACCUGAGAUAAAGAAGUUUCCUGUUAAAGAUCCUAUAGAAAAUAAAUACUGUUAAAGUUAAAGACUUUAAAUGUAGAAGAGCUCCAAGAAAAAGUCCUAAUUCAGAUCGAAACUCUUUGUGUGUGUGUGUGUGUGUGUGUGUGUGUGUGUGUGUGUGUGUGUGUGUGUGUGUGUGUUGGAGUGUCAGACCUUCAGCUGUCUCUGAAUUCCUGCUCCUUCUUGACUCCUAAACUCGGCCAAACCUGAAAGAUGAGCUCUGUGAGCGCAGCCUGUAUGUCACAUACCGACACACACUCUAACACACACACACACACACACACACACACACACACACACACACACUCUAACACACACACACACACCCAGCAGGGGGACCUGAAACUCAAAUCCGGGGGUCUAUAAGUGGCGCUCUGAGCUCUCAGAGUAAAAAUAGAGGCGGUGCUGACUCAUCAGAAUGGACCGACUGUCUCAGUCUGAGUCCAAACGGGUCUGGACCUGAUUCUCUUUGGGAUUGAGGUCCAUGGACUGGCUAGGCCGCUCCAGGACCUUGAAAGUCUUCUUAGUAAGCCACUCCUGUGUUGCCUGGGCGUUGUGUGUUUGGGAUCGUUGUCACGCUGGAGGAUCCAGACUUCACAGUGGGUAUGGUGCUCUUGAGAUGCAACUCAGCACUUUUCCAAACACGGCGAGUUCAAACCAAAGAGUUCCAUUUUGGUCUCAUCUGAACACGUGACAUUCUCCCGAUCCUCCUCUGGAUCAUCCAGAUGGUCUAUGGCAAACUUUAGAGAGCUAGUGGUCCCAGCUCUCUUCAGGUCAUUGACCAGUUCCCCCAGUGUAGUUCUGUUCUCAAGAUCAUUUGUAGCCCAGGAGGUGAGAUCUUGCGUGGAGCCUCAGGUCAGGGGAGAUUGUCAGUGAUCUUGUAUUUGUUCCAUUUUCUAAUAAUUGCUCCAGCAGUUGAUCUCUUCUCACCAAACUGUUUGCCAAGUGUAGAUUGGCUCAUGCCUGUGCAGGUGACCCAUCUUGUCCCUGGUUCUUUAGAAAGCUCUUUGGUCUUGGCAGUGGUGGAGAGGUUGCAGUCGGACUGUUUAAGGGUGUGGACAGGUGUCUUUAUAUACAAAACCAAAUUCCAUUGAAGUUGGGAAAUUGUGAUGAACGUAAAUAAAAACAGAAUCCAUCCAUUUCCUACCGCUUAUUCCCGUUAGGGUCGCGGCGGCGCUGGAGCCUAUCCCAGCAUCUUCGGGCGAAGGCAGGGGGCGCCCUGGACAAGCCGCCAGUUCAUCACGAACAACCAUCCACGCUCACAGUCACACCUACCGGCAAUUUGAAAGUGGCCAAUUAACCUAACCGCACUUAGGCAUGUUUCUGGGAUGUGGGAGGAAACCGGAGUACCCGGAGUAAACCCACACAGACACAGGGAGAACAUGCAAACUCCACACAGAAACGCCCUGACCCGGAUUUGAACCCAGGACCUUGUUGCUGUGAGGCGACAGUGCUAACCACUACACCACUGUGCCGUCCAAAACAGAAUACAAUGAUUUGUAAAUCCUUUUAAAUCUAAAUUUAAUUAAAUUCACCACAAAGAUAUUUAAUGUUCAAACUCAUAAACUUUAUUUGUCUUUGUAAAUAUUAAUGAACUCAGAAUUUCAACUCGCUCCACAGUAGUUGGACAGGGUCGUGUUUACCUCUGUGUUCCAUCACCUUUUAACAAACUCAGUAAACGUUUGUGAACUGAGGAGACGAACUGUUGGAGCUGAAGGUGGAAUUCUUUCCCCUUCUUGAUGUUCAGCUUCAGUUCUUCAACAGUCCGGGGUCUCCGUUGUCGUGUUUUAUUCUUCAUAAUCCUCCACACAUUUUCAGUGGAGACAGGUCUGGACUGCAGGCAGGUCAGUCGAGUACCCGCACUCUUUGACUACGAAGCCACGCUGUUGGAACACGUGCAGAAUGUGGCGUGGCGUUGUCUCGCUGAAAUAAGCAGGAAGGGCGUCCAUGACAAAGGCGUUUCUUGGAUGGCAGCAGAUGUUGCUCCUAAACCUGUUUGUACCUUCAGCAUUAAUGUUUCCUUCACAGAUGUGUAAGUUACCCAUGCCUCGGGCACUAAUGAACCCCCAACAGUCCGGAUGGUUCUUUUCCUCUUCGGCCCGGAGGACACGGCGUGUGGACUCGUCAGACCACAGAACACUUUUCCACUUUACAUCAGUCCAUCUCAGACGAGCUCGGGUCCAGAGAAGCCGGCGGCGGCGUUUCUGGAUGUUGUUGAUAAAUGUCUUUAGAGUUUUAACUGACAGACGUAGAGACGAACUGAAUUUACUGACAGUGGUUUUCUGACGUGUUCCUGAGUUCAUGUGCUGAUAUCCUUUAAACACACUGAUGUCGGUUUUUGAUACAGCGCCGCCUGAGGGGUCGAAGGUCACGGGCGUUCAGUGUUGGUUUCCGGCUGUGCCGCUUACCUGCAGUGAUUUCUCCAGAUUCUCUGAACCUUCUGAUGAUAUUUUGGACCGUAGAUGUUGAAAUCCUUAAAUUCUUUACAAUUGUACUUUAGAAACGUUGUUCUUAAACUGUUCGACUGUUUGCUCACGCAGUUGUUGACAAAGUGGUGAACCUCGCCUCAUCCUCGCUCGUGAAUGACUGAGAAUUUUUGGCGAAGCUGCUUUUAUACCCACUCAUGACGCCCACCUGUUCCUUAUUAACCUGCUCACCUGUGGGACGGUCCAAACAGGUGUUUGAUGAGCGUUCCUCACAUUUAUCAGGAUUUUUUACCACCUUUCCAACUUCUUUGUCGAUUCUAAAGUUAAUAAUUAUUUGCAAAAAUAAAGUUUAUGAGUUUGAACAUUAAAUAUCUUGUCUUUGUUGUGUUUUCAAUUGAAUUGGGUUUUUCAAAUCAUUGUUUUCUGUUUUUAUUUACGAUUUACACAUCGUUUUGUAGAUAAUGAGCUCAAACAGGCGCCGUUCAUUCAGGUAGCAGGUGGAGGAUAGAAGAGCGUCUUAAUGAAGAAGUAACAGGUCUGUUUGUUUGUAGGCGCUAAAUACUGAUUUUCUGCACCUUAUUGUACAAAUAAAUUCUUUAUCAAUCAGACGAUCAGAUUUUUUUUUUAACAUUCUGUCUCUCACAGUCGAAGUUUAUCGAUGAUGAACAUUUCAAACCAUCUUUUUAACUGGGACAACUUAAAGAAUCGGUGGCUGCCGAAUAUUUUUUUGCCCCACUGUGAACCCGGUCUCACCUGGUGUCACCUGGUCUCACCUGGUCUCACCUGGUCUCACCUGGUCUCACCCGGUCUCACCCGGUCUCACCCGGUCCCCUCUGUCUGUCUUUCAGGAACUAACGGAUCUGUCCAGAGACCCUCCGGCUCAGUGUUCUGCUGGACCCGUGGGUGAAGACAGUAAGAUCUCCAUGAUCAGACCCAAUCAGCUGUUCUUGUUUGUUUACAUUUGCUGAUCAGCUGACUUCCUGUUUACCAUCAGCUGACUUCCUGUUUUUGUCUCCACAGUGUUUCAUUGGCAGGCGACCAUCAUGGGCCCGGUGAGUAUCAGAGUCCUCCCGGCUUUAUCUAGGACCAGAACCAUCAAACAGAACCAGCAGAACCUGUGAGGAUGUGGAUCGGUUCUGAUCUCAGACUGUGAAUCUCUAACCCUCUCUCUCUCUCUCUCUCUCUCUUUACCCCCCCCAGCCCGACAGUCCCUAUCAGGGUGGAGUUUUUUUCCUGACGAUUCAUUUCCCCACAGAUUAUCCCUUCAAACCGCCCAAGGUCAGUGCGGCGCUCUCUGCUGAUUGGUCGGGGUGGUGGGUCACCGCUGACAUGUCCUCUGUGUUUAAACCAAUGACUGUUUCUAGAACAGACGCCGUCUGCCUCCUCUCUGAGAACAGCGCCCUCUGGUGACGGGCUGCAGUAUAGGUCCUAAACCCCGCCUCCUUAUGGAGCUGUGGACAAACUUUAUAAAUGAAUGACACAGAAUAUAAAUGUUUCUCCCCCCUGGUUGUGAUGUUGACAUGUAGUUACUGUCAGACUGGUUUGUGCUCAAGUCCUCUUUUUUCUGUACAGCUCCAUUUUUAAAAGUUAUUAGGGGGUUCAUGUUUUCUAUGAUUGACACCUGAUACAGCCAA